AUGGUGCUUAAGACCCGUACUGAUGCUAACACGACCAAAAUCUUUCAGUGUGUGGUCAGGUCCGAAGUUCCAAUCACAGACGUCGCGGACUACGGCAGCCAUCACUCGGAAGACGGUGAAGCUCGCCAGAAGAUCCUCGUAUCUGCCGCAGACGGAAACGUGUGGGUGGUGACUUUGCCUAGUCAUUUGCAACCUAUAGUGCGGACGGUGACACGCGAGUUGCUGCUAGAACGCUCGUCCAGUAAUAGUGAUGAUGGAACGGUGCAAUGGUUCUGCCAACUGCCUGGGGUGCAGUCCGUGGAUCACAGUCCAGCAGGAUCGGGGCAGUCGUCGCUUACACUGAUGAGGAGCUUGGUGACGCCGUCCACUCUGAUUGUAAGUACUCACAGGAGAUCUGAGUCAACACUGCAGUCCCACCAGUCGCUGGAGCUGGAUGAGAUCGAAGGAGAACAGUCUACUUGCACAUUUUGUUUGAUUACUAUUUUACAGGGAGAUCUAGAUGGUUCUGUGCGAUUUAUAUUGGUACACUAUCCGAACACGAAAGGAGAUGGCACGAAGGCGUCUGUGGUUCGCAGCGGGAAACUACUCCGGUUGUGUGAACCGGUUCAGAUGAUCGUCCCGCAAGAUUGGGGUUGUUGA